UAUUAAGAUCUGUGCUUUUAAACUUAUAAGAAUGACCUAAAUGUCUUAGUUACCAGGUCAUAAAAUCCCUUAAAAAAAGCUUUUAAGCUCUAAUUUAUGUUAGUUAUCAAUAACAAAAAAUAACUAAAAUUAACAAGAUGGUAUUAACAAGAGAAUACAGAAUAUGCAUGCCUAUGACUGUAGAAGAGUACCGUAUUGGUCAAUUAUACAUGAUAGCAAGACACAGUUUUGAGCAAUCUAGUAAUGGUGAAGGUGUGGAGGUGAUAGCAAAUGAACAGGUGAAUGAUGAAAAAAAUGGUAUAGGACAGUUCACUGAGAAGAGAAUCCAUUUAUCUAGUCAUUUGCCUUAUUGGGUCCAAUCUAUGAUACCAAAAAUAUUUUAUGUUACGGAAAAGGCAUGGAAUUUUUACCCAUACACAAUAACCGAAUACACAUGCUCAUUCAUACCGAAAUUUUCCAUCUCUAUUCAAACAAGGUAUGAAGAUAAUAAUGGGACCACUGAAAAUUGCCUUGGUUUCACCUCUGAAGAGUUAGAACAGCGAGAAGUAGACUUUAUAGACAUUGCAUAUGAUGAUAUCAAAUCACACCAUUAUAAAGAAGCUGAAGACCCUAAGUUUUUCAAAUCAGAGAAAACCGGCCGCGGACCUCUAAUUGAAGGGUGGAGGGACACAUUCAAACCCAUAAUGUGUUGUUACAAAGCUGUUUCUAUUAAGUUUGAAGUAUGGGGCUUGCAAACCAGAGUUGAAGAGUAUGUGCAGGGAGCAAUUCGCGAAAUUUUAUUAUUGGGACAUCGUCAGGCAUUUGCCUGGAUGGAUGACUGGUAUAACAUGAGUAUAGAAGACGUAAGAGAAUAUGAACGCGAAAUGCAAGCCAAGACGAAUAUAAAGUUGAAAACGACUUCUGAGAAUGGUGAAGGGAAAUCUGACGAGAGUGACGAGACGAAAUCGAAUUCUUCGAAACCACAGACUCCGAGAACUCCGAAAUCGCCAAAGAGUCCAAGCAGUACUCCGACAGCAGAGGGACGAAGUUGGUUCAAUUGGUCGUAAAAAUAUUAGACAGAGCCACAGGACUAGUACAAAAGUUCUACCCAAAGAAACUAUUUUCAUAUCUUUGGGAAACGAAAUGAUCAUUAUAUUUUCAUAAACCUCAUUCAUAAUGUUGAGAGAUUUUUGUUUAAUUUAUUAGAUUCAUCUUACUCUUAAACAUGACAGGCAUUUUUUAAAUCAUCAUUAUCAUCAAAACAACAACAAUCAACAUUGUCACCUGGUGUGUUCAAUCUGUACUCUUAGUACAUUGUAAUAGGACUCAAUACUCCAUACCGUUUGACUCAGACCUGUCAGGGGUAUGUUGAACUCUGUAGACUACGAAAUUUAGAGACUUGAAUGAGCUGAACGAAAUGUGGAUUGACCAAAAGAAUAAAGUAUGUUCACAUGAGUUUUUUAUCCUCACAACAUUCAUGCUAUGUGCAUUAGUAUUUACAGAAUUUUUGGUUUGCAAUAACAUUCUGUACUUUUUUUAUUUAUUAACAUGCCUUUGUUAGUUUUGAUAUAAUUUCAAGAUUAUUAUUUUGAAAAUUUAACCACGUAUCAAGGACCGAUGAUCAUAAUAAGACUAUUGUAGCCUAAUAUCAGAAAUAUUAAUAGGUACACUGAUAAAAAUCGGAACAAAAAUUUUAGAAUAUAACCAUUUCGUAUUUGAGUCGACUAUUAUCAAAGGCGGCAAUCUGACUUUUGGACAAUGAUUGGUAAAUCAGAAAAACGAAUUAUUGACUUUGUAUUCCAUUGGCAGUCACAAAACUCUUCGAAACGACAUCUUAGAUAAAUAACAGGUUAACUAUUAACCUUUAUUUAAUGCAGGUUUUGAACCGUAUUCUUUGAAGGAGACGAUUAUAUUCAAAUAAAUCUGUAUUGACAUAGCAAUAAUUUUUUUUUGUCCAAAUGUACAGAUUGCCACCUUUGAUAAUAGACGACUCAUUUAAUCUAUUAUAUAUUUUCUUAAUUAUCCAUUUUUGUGUAAGUCUUGGAUUUUGAUGUACUCAUCACACGUUUGUUAUUUUCAUCUUACGCUACGGAAGUUUCGAAACACAUAGUCACGGAUGACUAAAGUGUUAUUCACAACAUUUCUUUCAAACAUUUCGUCAACUACCCUCAUAAUUUACAGGAAUAUGUUAUUUUCAUUAAUAUAAUUAAGUUUAUUUUUUCUUAGAUGUUUGUGUGCAAUGUGAAGUAGUUUGUCUCGUAGAUAUUUAAAAAAAUGUUUUCCCCAAUGCUUUCCAUAGAUGUUAACAUUUAUAAUUAAUGCGAUUAAGUAAUAAAUGUACUUGUUGACAGUGAUUUUCUGCUGAACAAGCUAUUGUUUAGAUAAUGCUUUUUAAAGAAGAUAUUACUGAUGACGCUUUAGUAAAAGCUUUGAAUAUUGUGAUUGGAAGGUUUUUGUAGGAUAUUUACUGGGACUGGAAGGUACUUAUUGUUCCUAUUAAUAAUGCAUUUAAAAAAAACAAGCGCAAUUGAAAAUAUCAAAUUCAAAUACAACAUUAAAACGACUGUUUAUGUUUGUUUAACCUGUCAGAGAAUCUUGAUCUUUACGAAAGUGUAAUAAAGAAUGUAAUUAAUUAAUUUUACGGUUUAAUCACGCGUUUAACACAUUGACUCCCAUGUAGGUCACCGGUACCCUACGUGGCGCACUGAAGUAUUAAUAUCAAUUUCUGUUACUAAGUGCCUGGAUUGCCUAACCUUGCUUUAUUUUUAUUAAUAGCUGACACAGCAGACUUCGUAGUGCCUCAAUCGAUAAAUAAAAGACCUGAGCUUUUGUAUAAAAUAAACUUAAAACAAACAAAAGGAAUCCGUCGCGACGGGAGACACAUCAAAGGACAAACUAAAUUGUUAUUUUUAUUUAAUUCCGAGUGUUUUCAUAUUUAUCUACCUUUUAAACCCUUUCUGGACUUCCACAAAUAAUUCAAGACCAAAAUUAGCCAAAUCGGUCCAGCCGUUCUCGAGUGUUAGCGAGACUAACGAACAGCAAUUCAUUUUUAUUUAAAUAGAUUAUGUAUAUUUUGGUCUUUUAGGUCUCUUAGGUCCCUUAGAAUUAGAUUCAUUCUCAGUAUCUUCGAAUUCGUCUUUCCCGGAGUCGACUAAAUAUUGAGGUUCGUUAGUAACAGAAAUCUACAUAAUUACUUAUCUACUUCAGUGUGCCACGAAGGGCACCGAUGACACACAUGGUACUCAAUAAGAACUCGAGAAUAAAUCGUACAAAUAGUUCGAAUUGUGUCUUUGACUCGCGACCUGUGACAAAAAUAUUUUUUUUUUUUUCAAUUUUUUUUUCUGACUUAUGCUGAUAGUCUGGAGAUGUUAUAUCAGCUUCUCCUUGACGUGUAGGGGAGCUCACGGGGUUCAAACCGGGAGUGUUGCUAACACUGACCCUAGCAAGAGCAGUGCUUCGCAGAAUCUACUACCGGAUCGGAAACGCGACCCACUGAGAAGAUCUGGUGAGAAACUCAGUGGGCCGUGUCUAUGGGUUAAUUCACUCGUCGAGCCCUUCGUCGCAAGCGACGGGUUCGAUGAGGACGGUGACCGGUGCUUGUGGUAUCUAAAAGCACCGUUAAUGGAUCGGGAAGAUCCGUAAUGACGUGUUUAGGGCGACGUCGACUGUUUGCUAUUCGGUCUACAGGAUCGGCUAGGACCAAAUCUGUGAUUAAUGCUGUCCACCGCCUAUCAGACUGCAUUAUUUCCAUUCUACUCUGGGACGGUUACCUUACACCCUUCAUAAAGAAAUUAACGACUAUGCUAAUUUUGUUAUUUAGUAUUUGUCUGUUUGUAGUUAUAAGUUAAAACAAUUUUUUCUUAUAUAAAUUCCUUAUGACGACGAAUGCGUCAUGUCAGUAACGUGCAAUAUGAAUUUGUAUUUAAAUUUCUGAUGUUUUGUUUAGGUUAAUUUCUGUUUCCUUUUAUUACAUAAGGCUUCAAUGUAUUAUGAAGUGCACUCUACAGUUGAUAGUAUAUUUGAAGGAUAGUAUAUAUUACUUGAAAAUUUAUUUUUUAUUUUUUAUUUUUAUUGCCUUUGUAGGCAGACGGGCAUACGGCCCACCUGAUGGUGAGUGGUUACCGUCGCCCAUGGACUUCAGCAAUGCCAGGGGCAGAGCCAAGCCGCUGCCUACAAAAAUUAAUGUUAACUUGCGUCCUUUAUAGCAACAAUAGUAAUAAAGUAAAGGAGGUUCGAUUUGAAUGAACAAGACAUUUAUAAAUCUAUCGAAUUUAAAAAAAAACAAUUAUUAAUAAAAUAUUAUCGAUAAACUAGUACAUACCUAACAGUCCGAUUAGGUACUUGUCUAUGGCCUGUGAUUCUACAGAUCAUCAAUUUAAGCCUCUAUAUCAAAAUCAGUUAAGCGAAUUCUUUAAAAUUACGCUACUUUCAUUACACUGGCGUGAUAUUCCAAAGACGAGAGUUAUUUAAAGAUUGUGACUAUGGCUAUUUCCUUAAAAAAUCGCAUUGACGACGUGCGACUGCGCAAGAUUUCGGAAUAUUGUACUUUCGCUAACUUUAGACUGAAGAGUGAUUAUUCAUUCUGACAAUUUUUUACAUUUUUGUAGUUAUUACUCAAAUUAAAUUGUAGUUGUGUGUUAGUAGGCAAUCAAAACGCUUUGUAGUUUAGUAUUAUAUAUAAAUGCAUUUAAAUGUUCCAAAAAAUAUGAUCAUGUUAAUAUUUUUUUAUCGGAGACAUUCCGAUGGUAUAGCAUUAGAAUAUUGAAAUGUUUUUAUUCAGAUGAUUAUUAGUGUUAAUAUGUCGAUAUUAAAUACGUUGAUAAAUAUGAGCUAUGCUAUUAACUAUUAUGAAUGGUUGUGUCGAUGUAUCAAAAUUUUAUUGAUAUAUGUAUUGAAUGUUAAAUGAAACUAAAAUAUGGUACUUAUUUAUAUAGAGUAUGGACCCGUUUUACUUUACUAACAACAAAUAAUCGUAUGCACUCAGAAAGAAAAUGAAUUGACCCAAAAUUAGUUUGGACUAUCGUCUUGUUGAUUUCUGCUUCAAACCAGAUGGCUAGGGCAUUGUAGCCGUUAUGUCUAUGGACUUCGGGCAACGUUAGGCUUGUCAAUAAUCGAUUAUUGUCAAUAAUCGAUACGAUUAUCGAUGUAUUCUCGGUUGGCGAGAGGCCGUCCCACGCUACCUGGUCGGUACGUAGCCGUCACUCAGAAAUAUAUGGGCUGUCAGUUCUACAAGCCAUGUGCCCUGCACACUGUCAAUUUAACUUCGCUUUUUGAUUAGGCAAUUUAACUACAGUAGAUUGGGGGGCAUAGAGACUAAAGUUAAAUAGGGACAAAUCUGGGAUGUCACAAUACUUUUGUUGAGUUGUCAAAUUUAACUUUCUUGAACUGAAAAUUACUUUUAUUUAGUGUUUAGAAAUAUUAAAUAUAAUAGUUUAAUUUCGUCAUCAAAGAUUUGUAACUCAUUAAAUAUAUUAAAAAGAUAAUUACCUAAAGUUAGGUACCUAUCCAACAACUAAAGUGCCCUAUCGAAAAACUAUUGUCCCCAUACGUAACCUUGUUCACCCCAAAGCCAAGGUGAAUCGGGUCAAGCUAGUUUUUUUUGUUUUUGUGUAUAGUUUGUAAUGAACUAUUUAUAAUAACGCAUCGUAUAUAAAAAUUUAAGCCUCCGGAACCAUGUUAAUCUCAAUUUUAUUGGUAUUGGGUUACUAGAAAGGGGGUACUAAGAAAAACCAUUGAAAAUUUGUGAUGGAUUUGGAAAGGGUCCCGAUUCCCCCAAUCUACGGUACGUUUCCUAGUAACAUAAAAAUAUCAAUGAAUGCAAAGGGUAACUUGUUCAUAGUUGAGUUGAGUAAAACUAAUAGUAAAAAGUACAAAUGAAAGCAGGAAAGCUCAGGGUUUGAUUUAAAAAAAAGUAGAACCUACUGAUUGUCACAAAAACAAUAAUUUAUGAUAUUUAUGAUAUCAACAAUUUUAAUACUGUACCUUUUGUAGGUUAUGAAUAUAAUUUUCCUAGUAUCGUUAUUUGUUGUACACAAGUUUUGUAUUUUUAGAUUUGAUUCGUUCACAGACCGCUUGUUAAUGCUCGGCCGCACAUUGUAAGACGCCUGUCUGAAAAUCAUAUUAACGUGCACACUAUACAUAAUUAAAGGUCAGUCAUACUUUCAACUAUUUAAUCUCAAACUAUUCAUGUGUAAUAGUACUUGAAACACUCAGCAGACAGUAAAAUCGUAUAAUGUGUGGCAGGGUAAAACGCUGUUCCGUAUGUGUAUUGUUGUGUAAUAAAAAACUAAAUUCAAAA